AUGAUUUUCAAAAGGUUCGUUAAUAUUCUGGUGUUUUUAUUCCUACUAGGUGCCGGCUUGUUGACGUUUUUUCUUAUUUUGUCUGGAGGCAGACAAUCGGGGACGCUGAAGAACUUCUAUUGGCUACAGGCCGAUACUAACGGGUUCAACAGCGCUCCCGCUACCACAAGAUGGUACAACUACGAAUGGUGUGGCUACGACAACGGCCAGCUGGCCAAUUGCUCAAGCAAGGCUCCCGCCAAGCCCUUUUCCCCCAGAGACAACUUCGGCGACUCGCCCAACUUGCCCUCGUCGUUCAGGGACCACCGCAAGACUUACUACUACCUGUCCAGGGUCGGUUGGGCCAUGCUGCUGAUCGGGCUCUUCUUCAUCGCCAUGGCACUGGUGCCCGCGUUCCUGGCCACUUUUCUUCCAUUCAAGGCUGUGCCCGUGCUUUACUGUGUGCUGUCUUGGCUGGCUCUUUUCUUCAUUGUCCUGGCCGCGUGUCUGUACACCGGAUGCUACGUGAAGGCAAGAAAGGCCUUCCACAAAGGUGGACGGCCUGCGAAGUUGGGUGUCAAGAACUUUGCGUUCAUCUGGACAUCCGUCUUCUUGAUGCUUGCUAACGCUAUCUGGUCUACCAUUUUCAGCGCUACCCACAAGGGCCGCUCGUCUUGCUCCGACCACGACAUGUACGCCCAGUACGAGAGCCCAUCCAUUGACACUGGUAAUCAGCUAGAAAAGUCUACCUACACCAGCGGUACCACAGACGGUGCCGGCCCGGUCGCGGUAGCUCCCGUAAUUGGCCAGCCUCAACCCGCUACCGCCGCUAAGGGUGGCGACGGCAAGUUUUUCCAGAAACUGAGAACAAGAAAGCACUCGCCCUCUGCUGAUCUAGAACCAGCCGAAGACGGCGGUCUUGCUGGGCCUGUCACUGCACGCUAG